AUGGAUAAAUCUAAGGGACUCCUUCUUAAACCUAAGAAACCUGAGGGACUCCUUCUUAAACCUAAGAAAUCUACGGGACCCCUUCUUAAACCUAAGAAAUCUAAGAGACUUUUUCUUAAAUCUAAGAAAUCUAAGAAAUCUAAGAAAUCUUUUCGUAGGCGUUUGUCCCCGAUCCAACCGGGGGAUCGAAUUGAUUAUAAAAACAUGAGUUUACUUUAUCGAUUUCUUAGUCAACAAGGAAAAAUAUUAUCUAGACGCGUGACUAAAGUGACCUUAAAACAACACCGAUUGGUUACGAUUGCUAUAAAACAAGCUCGUAUUUUAUCUUUGUUACCUUUUGUUAAUUCGUUACCUUUUGUUAAUAAUGAAAAAAAAAAAGUUAACAAUGGAAAAAAAAAAUAUAAAAAAAAAAAAUAUGAAAAAAGCAAGCCGAUCAAUAGAACUACUACUGUUCUAAAAAAAAAAAAUAGAGUUACGUUACUCUUCAAUUAA